CAAAUCCAAUUUUCAGUUGGUGUUCAAGUCAAAUAGGAGAUUUGCACUUAAAAUCACUACUGAGGGUGGAGAAUCCAUGAGAGCACUUUGUCAUUCCGUUGGAGGCUGAAGUGAAAAUUGCUGGUUUCUGUUGAUGUUUUGGUGUAAUGGCUACCAAUUCUUCAGCUGGGCAUGCAUGUCCAUCUCCGAUGAAGUCGGUGUCUAAUGGCCUUUUUCAAGGGGAUAAUCCUCUUCAUUUUGCGCUCCCUCUUGCCAUUUUGCAGAUUUGCCUGGUGCUUGUUGUUACACGAGGUCUUGCUUAUCUUUUCAGACCGCUAAGGCAGCCACGAGUGAUUGCAGAGAUUGUGGGAGGAAUACUACUUGGGCCAUCAGCUCUGGGUCGAAGCGAGAGCUAUCUGCACGCAGUAUUCCCAUCACAAAGCCUCACAGUGUUGGACACUCUAGCCAACCUUGGACUCCUGUUCUUUCUAUUCCUUGCAGGCCUAGAGUUGGAUCCUAAGUCUCUUCGUCGAACUGGAAAGAAAGCCCUUGGAAUUGCCAUCGCCGGAAUCAGCCUCCCUUUUGCAUUAGGAAUUGGCACAUCAUUUGUUCUCCGAGAAACCAUAGCCAAAGGGGUCAAUGGGACCUCGUUUCUUGUAUUCAUGGGUGUCGCACUUUCCAUAACUGCCUUCCCUGUCUUAGCCCGUAUAUUAGCUGAGCUGAAACUUUUAACUACUGAUGUUGGCAGAAUGGCAAUGUCAGCUGCAGCCGUUAAUGAUGUGGCUGCAUGGAUUCUACUUGCUCUUGCUAUUUCCUUAUCUGGCAGUAAACAGUCUCCCAUUGUGCCAUUCUGGGUUCUCUUAUGUGGGUGUGGCUUUGUUAUUUGUGCGAGUCUCAUUCUCCCACCAAUAUUCAAAUGGAUGGCCAGGCGAUGCCAUGAAGGUGAGCCAGUGGAUGAGAUGUAUAUAUGUUCUACAUUAGCUGUUGUUCUGGCAGCUGGGGUUGUUACUGAUGCCAUUGGGAUCCAUGCCAUGUUUGGGGCUUUUGUGGUUGGAAUUCUGGUCCCAAAGGAAGGGCCAUUUGCAGGCGCUCUUCUGGAGAAAGUUGAAGAUCUUGUAUCUGGCCUCUUUCUGCCACUUUACUUUGUCUCCAGUGGAUUGAAAACUAAUGUAGCUACAAUUCAAGGGCUUCAGUCAUGGGCUCUCCUGGUCUUGGUCAUAUUUACAGCCUGCAUUGGGAAAAUUGUGGGCACUGUUGUGGUUUCCCUUUCAUUCAAAAUGCCUCUGCGUGAAGCUCUGGCACUGGGGUUCCUAAUGAACAGUAAAGGCUUGGUGGAGCUCAUUGUCCUCAACAUUGGUAAAGAUAGAAAGGUAUUAAAUGACCAGACAUUUGCCAUAAUGGUUCUAAUGGCUCUAUUCACAACAUUUAUCACCACACCUCUAGUCGUGGCCGUGUAUAAGCCAGCUAAAAGGGAAAGAAACACUGACCACAAGCAAAGAACAAUUGAAAGGAAAAACACAAACACUGAGCUUAGAAUUAUGGCAUGUUUCCAUGGUGCAAGAAAUAUCCCAUCAAUGAUAAAUCUCUUUGAGGCCUCAAGGGGGACCAACAAGCAUGAGGGACUUUGCAUAUAUGCAAUGCAUCUAAUGGAGUUCUCUGAGAGAUCGUCAGCUAUAAUGAUGGUACACAAGGUGAGGAAGAAUGGACUACCCUUUUGGAACAAGGGUGUUCGAUCAGAGUCCAACCAGAUUGUUGUGGCUUUUGAGGCUUUCCAGCAGCUAAGCCAAGUGUCUGUCCGGCCAAUGACUUCCAUAUCUUCAAUAUCUGACAUGCACGAGGACAUUUGUACCACUGCUGAUAGGAAGAGGGUUGCUAUAAUCAUUCUACCAUUCCACAAGCACCAGAGGGUGGAUGGCUCACUUGAGACUACACGAACAGACUUCCGUUGGGUUAACCGUAGGGUUCUUGAACAUGCAGCCUGCUCAGUUGGGAUCCUAGUAGACCGCGGGCUUGGUGGUACCACCCAUGUAUCAGCAAGUAAUGUUUCUUAUUUCAUCACAGUACUCUUCUUUGGUGGCCAUGAUGACCGUGAAGCUCUUGCUUAUGGGAUUCGCAUGGCUGAGCAUCCUGGUAUCAAUUUAAUGGUCAUUCGCUUCUUAGUUGAGCAUGAGACUGUAGAGGGGAUUGAGUUAGUUGAUGGCAAUUCCAAACCUGAUGAGGAGUGUCUCGCUGAGCUCAAGCAGAAGAUAUCCAAAGAUGGCUCCAUAAAAUAUGAGGAGAAAGAAGUCAGAAGUGCUGCAGAAACCAUUGCUGCAAUUCGUGAGGCUAGUUUCUGCAACCUGUUCCUGGUGGGUCGAGCUCCUGAUAAGGCGGCCAUUCCCCUUCCUCUAGAUAGGAGGAGCGAGUGUCCAGAAUUGGGGCCUUUGGGGAGUUUGUUGGCUUCAACAGAUUUCUCAACAGCGGCAUCAGUUUUGGUGAUCCAACAGUACCAUGGUAGUGUAUCUCCAAAUUUGGCCUUAGACCUGGAGGAAGGAUUGCCUGAUUCCGAAUCUAACUGAUUAGCUUUUGUUGGCUUAGCUUGAAUAGAAUAUCUGCAUUCUGAGUUGUCUCCUAGUUAACUUCUGGAUUUCAAGUUUGAUGUUCAACAUUACAUCACAUUUGAUUCCUUGAUGCCAAGCUCUCUGUAGACUUACAAUCUUGAACCAUUGUUUUAUAUGGAAAAGAACAAGGAAGGAUCAAGCAUAAGCUGCCAUGGCUGUGCAUGCUCCAUGGUUUCCUCCCAAAAAAUAUUAAAUAAAAAGGCAGAGCAGCCAAGCUGGACACAGCUCUGAGGCCAUGAUUAUCCCUCCAAAAGAGUCAAUAAAAAGGGUGUUAUAUUGUGUUAUUUGGGUUGUGUUUUUGUGGGGUUUUCUUGUUUUAUUGGGUACUUUGUUAUGAGUUGAAUCAUCUGGUAGUAUAUUUGUAUCAAAUAUUUGGAUGCAU